UUCCCAUCAACACAGAGACGAAUUUCCUUGAGUUCGCGACUUCCCUUAAACAAGGAUCACGAGUGAACAUCUGCAACAGAAGCAUCGAGGACGAUUUAAGAUCUGUUCUCAGAAAUGCGUUUUGCGCCGCUACUCCUGAGCGCGCUGCUCAGUCUGUGCGAUGGAGACGUCGGGGAUUUCACGCCGUGCUCGAACUUCUUCUACCGUGCCCGACCACCCACAGGUAUCGCGGGGACUCCGAUCUGUCAGCGCUACAGUAACCGCUACCACUUCGCCACGCUGUACAGCCGGGAGCGCCGCACGCCCUGGUUCUCCGGGUACGUGUUUUCCCCUCCGCACGGAAAGCGCCCCAGAGGAGAGUGGAAGUACGAGCCACAGCUAGCCAACUCCAAGGCUGGCGGCAACAUGGUCCCGUUCCCGACUCCACCUGCGAAAGUGGACCAGAACGUAGUGGACAGCCAGGCUGUCCAGAAGGACUACACCAACUCCAGCUACACACGUGGCCACCUAAACCCGAGCCAGCACCACAAUGGUACAGAUGUGCGUCGUGCCACCUUCACCCUCACUAACGUAGUGCCACAGAAGUCUGCAUCCAAUGACGGUCCCUGGGCCAAACUUGAGAAUCGCGUGAGCAAGAUCCUCUCUGAAUACUGCCUGGGAGAGGCGUACAUAGUGACUGGUGUGAUUCCAUAUGAAAACGACCACUGGCUGAAGGAUGAGGGCAGAGUGGCCAUCCCUGAGUAUAUGUGGUCAGCCUACUGCUGCCAGAACUACAGCCAAGAUCUUCCAAAGGGCCUGAAUGACAUCUUCCCAACGUUUGGAGCCAUUGGCAGGAACGAUCCAAACAGUACUCAGGAGAUUGUGCCAGUGGACCUGCACAAAAAGAAAGAAGAGCAGGGAUAUGAUGUUCGGUCAAUGUCGCUACCAAUUCUGGAGGGGUACUUGAAGCAGAAAUACAGGAUGUCGAUCAGUGUUUUUGAUCAGCAGUGCUCAAGGGCAUAACCUUCAGUCACAGCCAAAAAUCCUUGUGCAGAUCUUUAACCCUUACGUUCUGUUCUGUCUCAUAAGAGCUCAUUUGAGCGAACUAUUUUGUACAUUUACUCAUAUGGAACGCCAUUCAGUGUGAAUAUUAAGUACAUCAGUACUUACUUAAUUCAUUCAAUCAUUAUCAUCACAACAUCUCGUAAUUCCAUGAAAAAAAAUCUUUUUCACAUGACAAAGUGUUUGAGGAUUUUUUUAAGGAUAAAAUUAUAAAUGAAAUUAAAGUGAGGUGUAGCAGAUGAGUGCUCGGUCAGCUUAUCCUUCAAACUGUGGCCACGGGUUCUCUACAGUAGUGUGCAUCGAACGAACCGAAACGUGACCAUCACCAUAAAUAAUGUUUGUGUUGAUAAUUGCUAAUUACUAAAGUAAAGACAUGGACUGGGUCAGGACAUAAGUGUUAAAGAUAACAACUGUACACACAAAUGUAUACACAAGGUACUGUUUUACUAAAAAUUAUUUCACAGUUAAUUAGUUCUUUUGAAAAUUAUCGCUCUAAAGUUCGGUUAUUUUUGACAUCAGUUGAUGAUCUGGAUUAAGAAUGAUCAUCAAAUUAAUAAUUUUAUCAUUUUUAACUAAAAAAAAUCAGUAAUAUUAUUAAUAUUUUGUCUAUAUUUGUUUAUGUUGAAAAGUUCUAAAUAAUGUACAUAAUAUAUUUAACUUUUUAUGAGGUCCCACGGUGGUAUUGUAUCUAUAAUUGUGUAGAAUUUUAAGCACUGGAUUAACUGGUCUAUUCAUUUGCAACUUGCAGCACAGAAGUAGAAUUUUUUUUUUUAAACAAAUAAAAAAUAAAUUAUUAUAAAAAUGAGUCUAGGUUUAAAUUCUACCAAUAGAUGUCAGCAUUUGGUUAAAAAAAAUAAAUAUAUAUAUAUAUAUAUAUAUAUAUAUAUAUAUAGAGAGAGAGAGAGAGAGAGAGAGAGAGAGAGAGAGAGAGAGAGAGAGAGAGAGAGAGAGACUUUUUCUCAAUGCCAAAGGAAUCUUGCCAGGUUUUUUUUUUUUUUUUGUGGAUACCGUAGCAAAAACUAAUUUUAAAAAGUAUUUAAGUUAUAUGAUAGUUUUAAGCUGUGAAUUCCUCUUUUAGUUUUUCUUUUGUUGUUUUUCAACAUGCUAAUCAGCACUUUCCACCAAAGCAAUUGAGGACUAUUUUUGCAGAAAUGGUCUUCAUUACUUCAGUACAGUUUUAGAAACUUUAGAAUCAAUGCAGCUGAAGAUUGAAGCUGUUCAGGUGGCAUGUGGUGGCACAAACACCCUAAUAAGGCACAAUGCUGUUGUUUUUUUCCCCUUUUGUCACCAACUGUACCUUAUACCUCAGGAUAAACUUUCUUAUACCUCAGACUAAUGUCUUACUUUUUUACUUUUUGUCACUUUAUGCAUGAAUGUUUGCAUUGUAAUCACACCCACUUUAAAAUUUAAAAAUGUAAUCAUCUAAUAAAAAUAUUAAAUCAUCUGGA